AUGGAAACCGAAUCGCCAACACCCACCGUCCCUCACGUGGAACCCGCAACACCAUCCCUCCACCCCCUCGAGAUCUCGUUUCCGCUCCCAAAAACCCCCUACACCACCCUGCACAUCCACCUGACCUUCCUGGCGACCUCGACGAUGGUCUUUUUGUCCACGACGACGACGGGCGAGUCUGGUGGGGAGGGGGGGACGUUGAAGCCGAUGGGGAGUUUUGUGUAUGCUAUGCCUGAUCGCACAAACCCCACCUCCACCAUCUCCACCGCCCUGUACACCUCCCCCGGCAGCAUCGACUACGCGACACGCACGGCCAAGAUCCUCGCGCGCAGGAUGGGCGUCCCCGUGUACGUCGGGUGCAACCUGGACCCGGCGGCGAUGGGGACGGUUGCGGAGGAGGAGAUGGAGGGGUUUUCGAAGAUUGUGGAUGUUAUUAUGGAGAGGAAAUCAAGCAUCAACAGUCCUCAUCAUGUGGCAAUCAUACUGUAG